AUGGCAGAUCUUCCACCCGAGAGAGUAACUCCCUGUUCACCGUUUCGAAGAGUCGGAGUAGAUUACUGCCGACCAUUUUCUUUGAUUUAUCCGCAUCGACGUUGCCAGCCUGUAAAAUGUUUUGUCGCAGUUUACGUUUGCGUAGUCACCAAGGCAGUACACUUGGAGAUAGUCGCAGACCUCACCACACAAGCGUUCCUAGCAUCGUUGAAGCGAUUUACAUCUCGACGUGGUAGACCCGAUUUGAUUAUGUGUGACAAUGCUAAGAAUUUCGUCGGUGCAAAACGGGAGCUGGAUGAACUUCGCCGGCUGUUUCACAGCCAACAGUUCCAGAACGCUGUCACAAAGGACACAGCAGACGACCAAAUAGAAUUCCGGUUUAUUCCAGCACGUUCACCAAACUUCGGUGGGCUAUGGGAGUCGGCGGUAAAAUCCUUCAAAACGCUAUUCAAACGUACGAUCGGCUUGCACACCCUAGUGUAUGACGAAAUGCAGACGGUUUUGGUUUAG